AUGAUCUGUAUCCCUGCCAAAGGGGCGGGGCUAAUGGCGGGAGCAGCAUCGUCGUGCAUCUUCUGCCAAAUAGCACUCUCUUCCACCUCCACCACUCUCAUCCACUCCGAUGAGAGAGUAGUUGCCUUUCAGGACAUCAAUCCUUCUGCAUUCAGGCAUUACUUAGUAAUUCCGAUAGAGCACAUUCCAACUGUCAGAGACCUCCACAGACGACCGGAAGAUUUUUCAUUGGUUAGUCACAUGUUCGACGUAGGGCAGAAUCUAUUACGCAGAGAUGCACCUGCAUCUCAUUCCAAGCAAUACAGAUUUGGUUUUCAUCAGCCUCCAUUUAACAGUAUUAACCAUCUCCACCUCCAUUGUUUGGCACUUCCCUUCACACCCAGAUGGAAACAUAUGAAAUACUGGUCUUUGGGGCCAUUUGUUGGAUUCAUCGAGGCUGAGAAGUUGUUGGAGAGGAUAAAGCCACUAUCUUCCAUUCCCUCGUGA